AUGAAGAGAAUAAGGCAGGAAAAAAGAACCUUGGCAGAGUUCCAUUGCGAAGUCAGUAAGGCACUUAAUCUUGCACUCACUAAAGUUGAGAUGGAUAGCUCAGGAAAUCCAUCACCUAUGAAAGAAUAUGCGAACAAGGAAGCUGUAAGGACAUUCAUUCUUGGUCUGAAUAGCAAAUAUACCAGCGGCACCCUAUAUAGCCACAAUCCAAAUGACUUAGAAACCGCUUACGCUAUCGCAAGUACAAUAUACCACGAUAACGUGAACUCACAGUUCGACAUUCCGCAAUAUAAUCAGCACAGACAAUAUAAUAGUACAUUGCAGUAUCAAAACCAAGGCAGAAAAUAUUACGAGAUACCACAAAGGUACAGACCCAAAGUACAGGUGCAAUACAAUCACACUGCACCCAGGCAACAGCACGAACCAAUGAACGUAGCUCCAUCACAACAGUACACGAGAUCCGCAAAUAGGAAUCAUUCUGCUCCACAACAAAACAGCUAUGACCGCCAAAUGCAAGGAUUAGCUCCAAAUAAUCCAUUUCGAGGAGAUCCUCAAAAAAGAGACCGAAAUCCUUCAUCUCGUAACUACAACACACAACAGAAGGUACAACGUGUGAACCAAAUACGCGAGGAAAAACUUUAA